AAUGGAUCAAUACAUGGCCGAGGCAAAUACACAUUGCAUCGGAUUCACUUCUGAGCCUAUUAUUCUUACUGGAUCUGCUAAUCUUCCUAUUCCACCCAAAGGCAGUUCUUUUAUUUUGCCCGAAAAUCGUCAGUAUGACUCGCUCGACUACGACUUUGGGCACGUGGGCACUGCCUCUGGCUCAUUUAUUUCCGAGACGGGUCUUGACUGUAUUACGAGCUUUUCUUCCUACGAGUCUCUGUUCAAGGGUAGACCAUCGUUUGAGUCGACAAAUGUACAUGCCUUGCAAUCCUACUCUUCAUUGGAUCCCUCGCAAAACCAGCCAUCGCUUAAACGGUCUUCCGGUCUUGAUCCUUUGCAACGCGCUUCCAGUGUAUUUACUCUUCAGUCCUACCUUAAUACUCGCCGCGAAUCAUUUGAUACCAAUGUAACAAUUGAGAGCUUGUCAAAAUACCUCGACUAAUUUGACGGUGCUGGCUGCAUUUCCGUUUGUUUUGGCUCAUGACCUGUUCUGUAUUUUUAUCCACUCUUGUCCCCAAUGUAUCCGACCCCACCCCGUUUCUAACCCCAACCCUUUGAAUCCGGCCAUGUCAAUGUGUAUCGUGUAAAUACAUCUUAUGGAAUAAUAAAGUUUACGCUUUCGACU